UUGGAGAGCAGGGUCCCAAUCCGGAGCAAGAUGAGUCUGAGUCGCUGACCGGGUCCAUGCCUCUGGGUCAAGCAGCGGCACACAAAAUGAGGGACGCACCAGCACCACCCCUCGACUGCGGGGUUGCUCGCAAAACGCCCGAGGAAGAAUCACAACCGCUGAACACGAGAGAGGACACUUAUAUCUCCCUCUUCCAGUGGUGGAUAGCCGGGAUCCGUGGUGUUCAAUAAUACCGACUCUCCCUUUUUUUCUCUUUUCAUUUCUGCUCUUCUCUUCACCUUCUUCCCACGCUUGGGCGCCAUACACAUACUCGUUACUCAUUCGCAACAACAGUGACUAAACUACCAUCACAAUGGCUCCUCAAGCACAACUCCCCUUCACCCUCAACGACCCGGACCUGUUCCACACGGAGUCCUACGUACACGGUGAAUGGGUUGGCUCUAAAUCCGGCAAGCGCUUUGAAGUCGUCGACCCAGGCACCGACAAGGCAUGGGCAUCAUGCCCUGACAAUGGAGCCGAAGACGUAGACGCAGCAAUCCAAUCAUCCCAGCGGGCAUUCAAAGAAUACAGCAUUUUGAACCCGCGCAAACGAGCCCAACUGCUCCUCAAAUGGCACGAAUUGAUCACGGCCGCGAAAGACGACCUGGCCAAGAUCUUGACCUACGAAACCGGCAAACCGUUGGCCGAAGCAUACGGCGAACUCGACUACUCUUUGGGGUUUACAUGGUGGUUCGCCGGCGAAGCGGAGCGAAUCACCGGAACAGUGAGUGUGCCCGCGGCGCCGAAUCGACGGACAUUCGUGAUCAAGCAGCCGAUCGGGGUGGCUGUUGCUCUUGUUCCAUGGAAUUUCCCCAUCGCCAUGAUCCUGCGCAAAGCAGGCGCGGCAUUCGCGGCCGGUUGCACAAUGGUAGUCAAGCCGUCCCCAGAAACACCAUUGACAUGUUUGUCUCUUGCUCACCUGGCGACCAAAGCCGGGUUCGCACCCGGUGUGUUCAAUGUUCUCACGACAAGUCUGGAAAACACCCCGCCGCUCAGCGAAGCGAUGAUUCUCCAUCCGCUCGUAAAGAAAGUGACGUUUACGGGAUCCACGCGCGUCGGCAAAUUGGUCGCGGGUCUAUGUGCCAAGGGACUCAAGAAAUGCACCCUUGAACUAGGCGGUAAUUGUCCUUUUAUUGUCUUUGACGACGCCGAUCUCGACCAGGCGCUCGCGCAGUUCAUGGCUCUCAAAUGGCGCCAUGCCGGCCAGGCCUGUAUCACCGCUAACAGACUCUAUGUCCAGAGUGGUGUGUAUGAGAAAUUCACGAAUAUGUUGGUUGAAAAGACCAAACAGACGCUCAAGGUUGGCCAUGGUGCCGAAAAGGGAACUACCAUGGGUCCCGUCACGACGCCACGGGGUCUCGCAAAGGCAGAGGAACAGGCUCAGGAUGCAGUCAAGAAGGGCGCGAAACUUGUCCUGGGCACGGGUAAACCGUAUAAGAAUGCUACUGCUCAAGAGGGUGCUGGCGAGGGUAAAGGUGUCGGAGGGUAUUUCAUGGACCCGACGAUUCUUACCGAUAUGAAGCCCGAUAUGUUGCUCAGCAGAGAAGAGACUUUUGCUCCGGUCACGGGGAUUUUCAAGUUCGAGACCGAAGAAGAGGCCGUCCGCAUGGCGAAUGACACUUCGAUGGGUCUGGCUAGUUAUGCUUUCACAAAGAAUGUCGACCGCCUGUGGAGAAUGUUUGAGAAUUUGGAAGCUGGCAUGAUCGGUUUGAAUACUGGAAACUCUUCCGCGGCCGAGUCCCCCUUCGGCGGUAUCAAGGAAUCCGGGUACGGCAAGGAGUCUGGCAAGGAGGUUGCUGUGAACGAAUACCUCAUUUCAAAGACUGGCACUUUUACCAUCGACGGACAAUAUUGAUAACUUAACCACAACAAGUCUUACACCAGCUGAGAAAACUCGGGGCUACGGCAUCAACGGUGAACCGCGAAACCAGGACGCCGAUGGGAAACCAAAUUAGAUAAGCCCAAAGAGCGGUACCGAAAAUUUGAAAAUUAAUGAAAUGCGCUUUUAAGCUUUUCCACAUGAAAUCAGGCCUGUGCACGGCUCAGAUGAAUUUCCGAGAGGAUAUUCGUGAACCUGCGAGAAAGACGACCUUUCGCAGAGACGCUCGUCGUUCUGUAGACAGUAUUCCAAUCGUACAAACGUUGAAUCACCUC